AUGUUACUGAAGGUUGUGGUUCUCUUGGUGGGGAUGAGCUACAUGGUGAGUCCUUCAUUUUUUGUGACUAACACUGCAUCAGAUGACACAUGGCCUGAAGUGGAGGAAAUGUUCCCACAUUACAAGGGGAUGGAUCCAGUAACCCCGAGUCCUGUUACUCCAUGCCCACCUUUGAAACUACCAGAGUCUCAGCCAAUUGACUUCUCAGCUGUGCGUAAGAAUAUGUUUUCUCCUGCCGGAAAUCGCAGAGCUGUACCUAAAGAAAUGAAAGCUAUAUUACUGCCUUCUACUGUAACAAAAUCUCCCUUAACACCUCAGCCCAAAAGUGUACAGCUUUUAUGCCACAUUGACCGAAUUUAUGUGAGGGUUCAGAAAAGUCUUUUUACUAAUACAAAUGCUGAGAAAUAUCUGAAAGUGGGAACAUGUCUUGUGAAUAAAGACACACCUGAGUAUUACUACUUCCUGUAUCCCAUCAGCAGCUGCAAUGUACAACGUCAUGAAAACCAAAACCGUGUUUUGUAUUCCAACACUUUGUCCUAUGAGCCUGUGGCUGAUGACCUGGUCAUUCGUGAGCUACCAUUUUCUGUGCAGCUGGAGUGUUAUUACAACAAGCAUUUCCGUUCCUACAGUGUUGGUUAUCAGCCUCAAGUGGAAGCAGGAACCGUCUUCAUGAGCUUACAGGGUGUGGUCUCCCUCACACCUGUAGAUGACACCUGGAAACCUUACAGCACUGUUCAGAGCUAUACAGUUGGCCAACCCAUGUACUUUGAAGCGAAGGCUCCUGAUAGUCUUACUGGGAAGAGGAUCUACUUGAAUAAGUGCUAUGUCUCUGCCUUUCCAAACCCUGAUGCUACACCUAAAUACACUGUGAUUGACAGCUAUGGAUGCAUGGUGGACAGUAAGAUCAGUCAACAAAGCAAGUUCUACCCUAGUGACCAGAAGACCACAUUAAGGUUCUCUAUUGGAGCCCUUAUGUUUAAGAACAUGGCCUCCCAGCCUGCAGACAAGAAUGAAAUGUUCAUCCAUUGUGACUUGACCGUAGGAAAUGAGGCACCAACUGCAAGCAUAAAAUCUUGUUCGUACAAUGCGGGUACACAAGGGUGGUCAGAGCUGUAUGGAGAGAAUGCAGUUUGUGCUUGCUGUGAUUCUUCCUGUCCUGUUCCAGAACCCUCAGUGACUAUGAAGAUCUCAAGCAACGCCUGGCUGGUUGAAAAGCAGAAGACUGACCAGCCUGCAACAAAGUCUUUAGAAGUACCAGAAGACAUCAUGGCUCGUGGAGGAUUUGAGAUGUUUUGGGAUACCUUCGAUGACAUUGCUCAAUAAUGCAGAAUUGCUAGAAUUUUACUGUGUUCCAUAAUAAAUCUGGACUCAAAUGAA